UUUCCCGAGAGAGAGAGAGAGAGAGAGAGAGAGAACCCAGAAAAUUCACACAUUUGCUCACAAAUUUCCAGAUUAGGGUUUCUACAGGUCUUAUCUCUAUCUCUUAAAGACCGUAUUUUUCUCCUGGUAAGAUCUCGUGCCCAAUCUGCUUUGUUUCUUGCUAUGUAUGUUUCCAGAAAAUGCUUCCAUUUGACUACUUAAACCACCCUCAAACUUCAACCAAAACGCACCUAAAACUUAGAUAAAAGGCGGAGGAGGAACCGGGGGAGGGGGGGAGAACGUUUCUUUUGAAAUACUGAAAAUAAACUAUGGAUGACGGUGAGGGAGGGUUCGGGGAGGGCUCGGAUCAGAUGGAUCAGUUCCAUCGCAACGAGGCGAUCUCGGCUGUUGCCGAAGAGGUUUUCCUUGGUGAAGAGGACGACGACUACGAGGAUUUGUACAACGACGUGAAUGUCGGGGAGGGGUUCUUACAAUCUCUGAGAAAGGGCGAGGAAAUAGGGCUUAGGAAUGAUGAGAAGGAGAAGGUAGAGUCGUUACCAAGGGUAGCACCGGAGCAGCACGGCGUGUCUAUUCCAGGCGUUGGUGAGGGUAGUGGUGGCGGUGGGGUCAGGCCUUCUGGGUCUCAGACUAACCAAGGGGUUAGAGGAAGUGACGUGAAAGGGACGGAUGGAUCGGAGGCUGGUGGGGUUAGGAUUGAGUUAGGGCAAGGGGGCAUGAUAAGUAAGAUGAACGAGGUGGAGGAGCAAAGUGAGAAUAAUAUUAGUAGUUUAGGGGUUCAAGGGAUUGUUGGGGGGAAGCAAUCACAUGGUGGCGCUGUAGGGAAUGUAGGGAAGGUGGGGAAUGAGGCUUUGGUGAGGCAAACUAGUGGAGGAGGGGGAGGAAAUGUGAAUGGGAUUGCUGGUAAUGGGGUUGCUAAUAAUCGUGGUGUUGGUAUUGUUGGUGGUGGCGUUAUUGGUGGAGGAGGAGGAGGAGGAGGUGGUGGUGGUGGUGGAACAAUACUGUUUGUGGGCGAUUUGCAUUGGUGGACCACAGAUGCGGAACUGGAAGUGGAGUUGUGUAAGUAUGGGCUCGUAAAGGAGGUGAAGUUUUUUGAUGAGAAAGCGAGUGGGAAAUCAAAAGGCUAUUGCCAGGUCGAGUUUUUCGACCCAGCUGCUGCGACUGCGUGUAAGGAGGGGAUGAAUGGGCAUUUGUUUAAUGGUAGGCCAUGCGUUGUUGCAUUUGCAUCGCCGUAUAGUGUUAAGAGAAUGGGUGAGGCUCAAGUGAAUAGGAAUCAACAAACGACAACAACUGCGCCAGCAAGGAGGGGACCUAAUGAUGUUGCCGGUAAGCCUAGUGGGAACAACAUUGCAACAGGCGGGAAUUAUCAGGGUGGGGAUAAUAACAGGGGUUAUGGGAGAGGGAAUUGGGGAAGAGGUAACAUGCAAGGAGGAAUGGGGAAUAGAGGGCUAGCUGGGCCAAUGAGGAAUAGGGGUGGGAUGGGAGGGAGGGGUAUAAUGGGGAAUGGUGGUAAUGGGUUUGGUCAGGGUAAUGGGUUUGGUCAGGGUAUUGGUGCAACCCCGCCUUUGUUGCACCCUCAGUCUAUGAUGGGUCAGGGUUUUGAUCCUGCAUUUGGUGGGCCUAUGGGGAGAAUGGGUGGCUAUGGAGGCUUUCCUGGUGGUCCAACGCCUCCAUUCUCGGGGAUUUUGUCUUCUUUUCCCCCUGUUGGAGGUGUUGGUUUGCCUGGAGUAGCCCCUCAUGUGAAUCCAGCAUUCUUUGGAAGAGGGAUACCCAUGAAUGGAAUGGGGAUGAUGCCCACUUCAGGUGUUGAUGGCCCUAACAUGGGAAUGUGGUCAGAUCCUAGUAUGGGUGCAUGGGGUGGUGAAGAUCAUGGUGGUGGGAGAGCCGGGGAGUCUAGUUAUGGGGAGGAAGCUGCAUCUGACCAUCAAUAUGGUGAAGCGAGUCAUGAUAGAGCAGGUUGGUCAAAUGCUGUGAAGGAGAAAGAUAGAGUUUCAGAAAGGGACUGGUCUGGGUCUUCUGAUAGAAGAUAUCGGGAUGAUAGAGAUCCAGGUUAUGAUAGGGACGGGCCUAGAGAAAAAGAUGCAGGCCAUGACCAUGACUGGUCGGAAAGAAGGAAUCGCGAUGAUAGAGAUAUUGGUCGAGAGCGGGAGAGGGAGCGUGAUCUGGUCAGAGAGCGUUCUCGAGAUCGGGACCGCGACCGUGAGAGGGAUCGUGAUAGGGAGCGGGACCGUGACAGGUACAGAGAAGACAGAGAGAGGUAUGCUGAUCAUCAUAAGUAUAGGGACCAUGAAAUGGAUCAAGAAGAUGAAUGGGAAAGAGGGCGGACUUCAAAGGCUCACACUCACAGUAAGUCGCGGAUAUCACAAGAGGAGGAACAUCGUUCAAGAUCAAGGGAUGCUGAUUAUGGGAAGAGACGGAGGCUUACCUCCGAAUAAUGAAAUCUUAUGCUCCUUGUGUUAUGCUAUCCAUCAAGAAAGGGAACACACAGAAACUUAACAAACUUUGGAUUCAUCAUGCUCAUUUGGAUUCUCUUUCAAGUGGUGUUUGCAGUCCUUAAUGUGUUGAGCCUCGUUUUCUCACUCCAUUGCAUUAAACUUCUUGAUUGCAUAUUCAUCACAGAAGCUUGGUUUUAUUCUAGCGCGAAGAAAUCUUGAAAGACAAUUGAUAAUGGAGAACAAAAGCUGUUCAGCAGAUCUUCUGGUUUUGGGAGAUAAAGAGGACUUCUAACUUGUACAAGGGAGAGUCAAAGGCAUGGUGUUUUCUCGUUGCGUGAUUGAUAUUGUAGUCGCAUCCUUUUUCUUUCUGAGUUUUCAGCUUUCUUUUCGUUUUUGUUGUAGUCCAUUAGAAAGAACCUGUUGAAACCAAAGCUGUCGAGGAUGAUAUAUCUUGAAAUUGCUGUGAAAUGUGCUAAUAUUCUAGAUUUAAUGUAUGAAUGGUGAUGUACUAGGAUUUAGCUGAGAGGACGACAGUAAUGUGCCCAUUUUCUGAUUGUAUUGUUAUUGUUGUAUCCUU